AACUUUUCCAAUAGACGAGUGUUGAAGCGACAUUUUUUUGCAGGAGGCAUAACCAGUGGUGCGUUCAAGUGCAGCUGCAGCAGGGACGUACGGGGUUAAUCCGACCCAUAUGCUGCACCGGGAGGGAGGUUGGGUCCACCACGAAAGGGAAGGCUGAGGCUGGCUGGCAGGCACAACAGAAGGGAGAAGACAGCGGGACUCACCAUACACUCACACACACACACUUUCAAUACCAACACCUGCACUUGUGCGCCCUAUUUCCACUCACACAAGUCUUUCUCGUCCACAAGCGUGACGUGGAGUCACAUCAUCACGCGGAAGGCUUCCUAAAGUUGGCCAAAAGGAUUUUAUUCCGUCAAUGUGGACCAAGUCGGCUCGCUUUUCUACUUAAUUGUUUGUUUUUGUUAGAGUUUUUUUUUUUUUUUUUGCCUAGAAUAUAAAAAAGGAUUAUUUCCUCACGUGCUGUGAUAUUUUUUUUUCUUGCUCCCUGGAAUGACGUCUGGGUGAAUGUGCCUGUGACAAACUUUUGGAUCGUGGAGAUCAAAGCGCAGGUGUGAAGAUUUGGACUGCGCUCUGCAUCUCGCCUUAUUGGAAAGCUGCGGGCCAAACUUCUGAUCAGAGACUUCAAAAUUUAGAUCUGUGUGGGCUACCUGUAUGCCUGUUACCAUGACAACAUCUGGAGCCCAACUCCUCCUGGUGGCCUUGUGUGUUUACAAAGGCCUGAGCCUGCAGCAGUCGGCGCCGCGGGUUCGCCUCUCCUUCAAAGAACUGAUGGACACUCGGGCAGCGCGACCCUUCAGUUUCUCCUUCAACACCAGCGACUACCGAAUCCUCUUGAUGGACCAGGACCAGGGCCGCCUGUACCUGGGCAGCAGGGAGUACCUGGUGGCUUUGGAUAUGCACAAUGUCAACAAAGAGCCGCUCAUAAUCCACUGGCCAGCAUCUGCAAAGAGGAAAGGCGAAUGCCAGAUGACAGGAAAAGGAAGACAGGGCGAAUGCGCCAACUUUGUACGCUUGAUCGAGCCGUGGAACCGCACCCACCUCUACACCUGUGGAACGGGGGCUUACCAACCCAUUUGCACGUUCAUCAACAGAGGCUGGAGGGCAGAGGACUACCUGUUUCGACUGGUCCCCGGGUACGUGGACUCCGGGAAGGGAAAAUGUUCCUACGAUCCUAAAGAGGAGAACGUUGCAGUUCUUAUUCAUGGUAACCUGUAUGCGGGUGUCCAUAUUGACUUCAUGAGCACGGAUGCGGCUCUUUUUAGGACCAUGGGAGGGAGAAGUGUCAUCCGGACGGAACAGUACGAUUCCAGAUGGCUCAACGAGCCCGUGUUUGUUCAGAUCCAGCAGAUCCCUGACAGCGCAGAGAGCAACGACGACAAGCUCUACUUCUUUUUCCGCGAGAAGAGCUUAGACUCGAGCGGAGGGGCGAGUCCCAACGUCCUGGCCAGGGUGGGCAGAGUCUGUCUGAAUGACGAAGGUGGCCAGAAGUCCCUGGUGAACCGCUGGACAACCUUCCUCAAAGCUCGUCUUAUCUGCUCGGUGAUCGGCGAUGAUGGAGUGGAGACGCGAUUUGAUGAACUACGCGAUGUAUUCAUUCAGCCGACGCAGGAUGAAAGGAACCCGAUGGUGUUCGCACUCUUCACGACCGCGGGCUCUGUGUUCAAGGGCUCUGCUGUCUGCGUCUACUCCAUGGCCGAUAUCCGCAACGUUUUCAACGGGCCUUUUGCCCAUAAGCACGGCCACAAUUACCAGUGGACGGAAUACAACGGCAAGAUUCCAUACCCACGACCGGGAACGUGCCCGGGCGGAACCUUCACCCCUGGGGUCCGCUCCUCCAAGAGCUUCUCUGAUGAGGCUGUCAAUUUCAUCCGGGCUCACCCACUCAUGUACCAGCCCGUCUAUCCCAUCCACCGCCGCCCCCUGGUGGUGAGGACCGGUGUGGACUACCGCUUCACGGCCCUGGUGGUGGAUCAGGUGGAUGCCGUGGACGGCCGCUACGAGGUGCUCUUUCUGGGCACCGAUCGUGGUACCAUCCAGAAGGUCAUCGUUUUGCCCAAAGACCCCACCAGCAUGGAGGAGCUAACGCUAGAGGAAGUGGAAGUUUUCCGGAGCAGAGCUCCUGUCAAAACGAUGAAGAUCUCUUCGAAGCGACAACAACUGUACGUGUCGUCGGACGCGGGCUUGACGCAGGUGUCGCUGCACCGUUGCGACGUCUACGGCAGGGCCUGCUCCGACUGCUGUCUGGCCCGAGACCCUUACUGCGCCUGGGACGGGGAGAGCUGCUCGGCUUUUACUCCUUCCACCAAAAGGAGGAGCAGAAGACAGGAUGUCAAACACGGCGAUCCUCUGAGGCAGUGCCGAGGCUUUAACGCCAAAGUGGAGAAACGUCUGCGGGAAACGGUGCAGUUUGGUGUGAAAGGGAGCAGCACCUUUUUGGAAUGUCAGCCUCGCUCUCCUCAGGCAACCGUCAAGUGGCUUUUCCAGAGAGAUGGCAAAAGGAAAUUGCUGAACCGCAUGGGCAAUGUCCUGAAGACCAACCACGGCAUCCUUCUCAAGUCCCUCAAUGGAUCGGAUGCGGGGCUUUAUCACUGCCUGGCCACCGAGAACAACUUCAAACACACGGUGGCCCGCGUGGCGCUGCGCAUCCUCGAUCGGGACAUCGUUUUGGCUCUCAGCGCCCGAGACGACGACGAGGACGACCCCGAGACUCGCGACUCGCGACCUUACCCUCGAUCGUCGCCCGCCUCCACACCUUUCCCACCUGAAAUCAGACUGAUCAACCAGUAUUGCCAGUCCUACUGGGAGCAGUCCAGUCUGAAACAGCAACAGCGCAAGCGCACCAGCCGGCGGCACACGGAGGGCCAGGAGCAAGGACUUGGUUAGGGCGCGCCGGGCGUCCGAGGUGGCCUGGUCGGACUUUUAUUGGUGUUGUUCAUGCAUGUUGUUUGUGCAUCUCCUUCAUUGGUUUGACGGCCGACGCCGUCGAAUACCAUAUUGGUGGUUUUUGUCUUGUGCCAAGCGGGCAUUUUGUUGAUAGCACACCUCACACCACCAAUGAGCGCAUUCCAAUGGUUCCAGUGUAGCUUUUGAACGCUCCUGUUUGUCCGGCUCCCAUUUUCAGGACAUAGUCCCAACGGAGUGUUUUUUUUUUUUUUGUAAUUAAGUUACCUUCCAGACCAACCACAAUAUAUUCCUUAUGUGAAAAAGCUUUUCGUCACACAACCACAUGACUACUAUGACAUACACAAUCCGGCUUUUGGGUGAAGUUUCAGGGUGAACAUAAAUUGCACUACAGUCACUCCUCACUAUAUUGUAGUUCACGUUUUGCAAUUUCAGUGCAUCACACACUUGUUUAUUGGACUCACAUCAUGGCAUAUUUGCCCGUAUCUUACUGAGCAACAAAGGUUUGCACUCAGCCUGAAUGUUGAUUUUUGUUAGGGUUCAUUCAAGGUCACAAGCGGUCGCAAAAAUGUUCGCUAGUCGUUUCUGUCAUCAACAGCUUUUCUUCUUGAAAAAAAAAUCUCGGGACAAUGCGACAAAAAAACUGUUUGCAACUGUUUGCAACCUUUUACGAACCUUGACAAAAUAUCAACGUUGCGUAAACACUCACGGCUCAGUUAGAUACAGACUCAAAGAAGCGUAGAAAAAAAGUUAGCGUCACAUGUUAACAUGAUAAAGGGUAGCUAUCUACAACAUUUUAGGUUCAUCCUGAAAUUAAACCUGAAAGCUGAAUACUUUUUAGGAGUAGUGGAUAGUAACCAAGUGCACCAUUGUUUCAUAUUCCCCACUGCAUGACACUGAAAGCUGACGGUGCAAGCAAAAUCCAAAAUUUUGAAACAUGUUUUACUGUCAUAUAACCCGAGUGCCACAAGAAGGUGUCAAGUGGCAGAACCACAAGUGUGCUACUUUUGAGUAUAUUGAGAAUAAAUGUAAUAUAUUGAUUGUGAAUAUAUAUAUAUAAUAUAUACGGCCAGUGGAUUACUGUUGUUUGAGGAAACAAAGACACUUCAUCAGUGUUUGCAUGCUUCUCUAUGUUGUUUGUUGCUCUUCUUGGGCCUUGGCGUGUAACAAUGUCAAAUAUGUGUCAAAUAUGAAAAUUGUGUUAAUCUAAGCCAUGUGGAUGUCACCCCUCCCCUGUCCUGUGCUGUCGUGACCCCCCCAGUAUGUGAGUGGUGAAGACACACUUCACGGUGGUCUUCCAGUCAUGCACUUUGUCAGUGGCGGUGGGAAAUUUGGGAUGUUUGCACAGAUGUUAUCAAUAAGUUAAAUCUUUUUUUUAAAUGUACAGUGUCUUGUUAUAAAAAGGAGAAUGAUUAAGGUUUA